UUGGUUUGACGACCCAAAUAUUGCAGUCUGACCGACUGAGGGUGGGAGCAUAUAACAUUUGUCUAACGCCUAGAUGUGUCUAUCAUCGAAGUUCCCUAAACUUUGCAGAUCAAACAAACAAGUUGAUCCACGAUUCCUAGAGUCAUGCAGAUGAGGACGGAUACGGCGACUGGCAUCGCCAGCAGCCUGUCUGAACAAAUUGAAGAACUGCGCGGUAAACUACAUCUGAAAGAGCGAGAUGGAAAGGCGUAUUUCGAAGGAUCAGAGGCUCUCAAGACGAAGAACGAAGAGCUUAUUGCUCGACUCCGAGCGGAGAACAAACACAAGCGAAUUGCCCUGUCUAGAAGUAUCAACGGGGACACAGCCGUGAUCGAGUCCGUGUUUCACAACCGGAAGGAGGAGCUGCUUUCCAUGCAGAGAUACACAGCUGAGGAUGCCAUACGCGUGAUGGACCAGAAAGUCUGCGAGGCCAGCAAGAGGUUGAACAGCCUGCAGCAUGAAGUAACGCAAAAGGAAAACCAGUUAGAAGAACUGGAAUUGGAAUUAUCCCGCAUGUUGGAUCUGGUUUCAUAUGACUACAACUCCGAGAAGGAGCGGAACUACCGGCGUCUUCAGAACGAGCUGGACAAAGCUCGGAUCAAGUUUGACGCCGCCAGUAACAUCACGGGCAGAUACGAGGCGAUCCUGGCGCACAUGCAGGAGGAGUGUCGUCUGUAUCCCACGCGACUUGACGUCAUGGAACAGCAGGUGACGGAAGCACGUGCAGAGCUGUCGGAACUGAAACAGAUGAAUGACAAGGCCAUCAAUAGCAGCGAAGAAGCUCGGACAAACCUGUUGAGCAUGGAGCGCGAGAUGUACCAAGCGAAGAGGUCACGUGACCAGCAGCUUAACGAGACGAAGAAGGAAGUGGAGAGGAGGAAGGAGCCGGUGGACAGGACAGAGAAGAGGCCCAGAAUGUCCGUCAUCAGCGAGACCACUGACAUGAAGUCCUCGAGGCUGCAGGCGUUAAAGGCGGGCCGCCAUGAGAAGAUCCUCACGCUAGAGGAGGCAUUCGAGAAGAUCAAGAAAGCCAUCAACGUGUCUGACAUCAAGGACGUGGUGUUCCGCGUGGCCAACCAGGACAACACCAGGGGCAGGCUGGUACACCAGAAGAAGGAGAAGCACUGUCAGCGCGCCAAGCUACAGGAGGAGCUGGACAAACUCAAGACGGUGUUCGAGGAACUCAAGUUCACCAGCCAGAGACAAGCCGCCAAGGGCCGCCAGCUCGUAGACGACAUGGAAGACUACGCAUCUAAGGAGGAGAACAGGCGGGUAAAGUCGCUGGACACGUUGGACAAGAAGGACAAACUGUUGCUGGACCUCCAGAAGGGAAUCGCCACCCUCUUCGACAAACUGAAGGAGAUCAAGCUCAAACCUCCUCACCACAACUUCACCAAGGGGGAUCCGGUGGACGACCUGGCCAACUGUGAGCGGCGUCUGGUCAAGCUGAUGGCCACAGUUACCGGAAAGGGGGACGAGAAAGCAGUUGUCGGACCCAAGAACGUCGACGGGGAAAAGCUGCACGAGUUCCUGGAGAAUCGCCUGCCUGCCGAGAACACCCGCAUCCGACUGGAUGAGGAGGACAACAGCGACUCCGACGACUUCACGUUCGACCAUGACCAGGACAACGAAGGUCUGUUGACGCGGGAGGACGUGAAGCGCCUUGGUCAGGAGAUCCUCGGAACCAAGCUCAAGCCCAAGAAACGCAAAGGCCGGAAGACCAGGAAGUCAUAGGAACCUGUCGCGUGUCCUGGUCUUGUAUGUGGUCUUUGUCUGUCUGUUGUAAAUGUUUGGGGAAUCUGAGCGGACUUGCUCCCUGAGAGCAGGAUUUCUUUAACUGUGGAAGGAGGAUUUGCUUGUACAACAAACUACCACCUGUAUAAAAUCAUUUCUUAGUCUGCUAAUAACUUUCUGUUUGGUUUUCUAAUUCUUCUGUUAGGCAGAUGGCGGUUCGUGACGGGUUGUCAUAUUACAGUAUGAGACACCACCUUGCCAAAAAUGUCCCUCUAAGAAACAUUUGGACCUGUUUAACUCUAAACUAUGACCCAAUUGUCCUGACAUGUUGCUUGCUCAUCAUGAAACUAAUCUCAACCACAGAAAUAGAAUCAAUUCAACUGUUUUAUUUAUGCAUAGUUUAAUUAAACCUUAACUUUUGAAUAAUUUUUGUUUGUUUUAACAAUCAGCAUUUACUGUAAGGACAAAGAUAAGAUUGCAUUUUACAUUUGAUGUAAAACCUUGUUCUGUUAUUGAAUCAUCAUCGUCAUCAUCAUCGUCAUCAUCAUCAUCAUCAUCAUUCUGUUGUUAAUAGUACUGUUGUAGAUAUAAUGAUAAAUCAUAUUGUGAAUAAAUGUUUCCAAAUGA